CGGGGCGGGGCCGGAAGGUGACCGACAUCAUGGCGGCCACGCCGCAGCUGCGGGACCGUCUGAGCUUCUUGCACCGGCUCCCGAUCCUCCUGAAGGGCACGGCGGACGACGAUGUCCCGUGCCCCGGCUACCUGUUUGAGGAGAUCGCCAAGAUCUCGCACGAGUCCCUGGGCAGCAGCCAGUGCCUCCUGGAGUACCUCCUGAGCCGCCUGCACAGCGGCUCCGGCCGCGUGAAGCUCAAGGUGCUGAAGAUCAUGCUGCACCUGUGUAGCCACGGCUCCCAGUCCUUCCUGCUCAUCCUGCAGCGCAACCCCGCCUUCAUCCAGGAAGCCGCAGGGCUGCUCCCCGGGGCCCUAGUAAACCUUCCGCUCUCGAAGGGCUGUGGGAGGACGGGACUGGUGAGGCCAUCAGGAGAGGUGGGGCUCUGGCCUGUCGUGAUCCAGGCGACAGUUUUCACAGGCCCCCCGGACCCUCUCCAUGGGAACAGCUUGUACCAGAGGGUGCGGGCGGCUGCCCAGGACUUGGGGGCUGCCCUGUUCUCGGACGCCUUGUCACCUCCGCCUCCCUCCCAGCCUUCCAGGGCCCUGCCUCCAGCAGGCAUGGGCUCCCAGUCCAGGCCCCAGAGCGCCCUGCAGGGCUUCGGCUACAGCAAGGAACGGGGCCACACAGGCUCUGCAGGUGAAUCCUUCCUGUCCACCAUCCAGAAGGCCGCAGAGGUGGUGGCCAGCGCUGUGCGCCCCGGGCCUGAGAGCCCCAGCACCCAGAGGCCCCUGCUGCGGGGUAACGCCUACCAGCCAGCCGUGACGCCUCCAGCCAGCCUCAGCCCCCCCACUCCUGGGAACCCACUCCCCGUAGCCGGCCUGGGCGCCCGAGCAGUGAGACGCCAGCCUGGGCAGGCCGGGGGCGGCUGGGAUGAGCUGGACAGCAGCCCCAGCUCUCAGGGCUCCUCCCAGGAGGACGGCGCCCUGGGCGGGGCCUCAGACUCCAGCAGUCGGUCGGGCAGUGACAGCCCCUCAGUUACCAGCCGGGCGCCCAGUGACCUGGCAGAAAGGGUCGAGGCCAUGACCCCGGGUGACCACCAGCAGGAGCUGAGCCUGGUCCGGGCUGUGACUCGGGGGCCGCACGCCUUCCUGAGCCGAGAGGAGGUGCAGCACUUCGUCAAAGAGUGUGGACUCCUCAACUGUGAGGCCGUGCUGGAGCUGCUGAUCCGCCACCUGGGCGGGACUGGCGAGCAUGAGCAGAUGAGAGCCCUGGGGGCCAUCGCUUCCCUCGGCUGCACCGACCUGCUCUCCCAGGAGCGCGUCCUGCUGCUCGCCCGGCCGCGGCUGCGGGAGCUCAGUGCGGGCCACCCCGGACCCGUGACCAACAAGGCCACCAAGAUCCUGAGACACUUUGAAGCCUCCUGCCAACAGUGGCCUCCUGCCCGGAAGCCCCCAGCUGAGCCCGGCCCCACAGCUGCCCAUGUGAGCCCAUCAGACCUGCUGACCGAUGCCCUGCCUUUAGCCGGGGACCAGGCCUUCCUGCAGCCUCUGAGUUCAGCUCUGUUCACACCCAGGAGCACUGCUCCCCCAUCAGGGCUGCAUCCUGGCCCUGUGUCCCCCACCCCUCAGGACGGCUGCCUGCUUCCAGCCCCUGGGGAUGCUGUGGAGACCGAAACCAGACUGGCAGCUUCCACAGAGCAGGGGCUUGGAUCUGAGCGGGGCCCGGUGGGCAUGGACACCCGACAGUGGGGGCCAGAGCUGGGCCCGGGCCCCAGCGGCAGCUCCCACUCCUUGUUUGCUGGCAUGGAGCUGGUGGCCUGUCCCCGCCUGGUGGCGGCCGGGCCUGCUGUGGGGGAGCCCCGCCAGGCCCCCUGGACGUUGUCUCAGAGGAUGGCAGCCAAAAAACCGUCUGGCUCGGAGCCAUCGGCUUUCGCCUUCUUAAACUCAUGACCUCGUCAGCCUGGGCCACCAGCAGAGUCCCUGGCCCAUGCUCCCAGGACCCCCCAACUUUGUCCUGUCCCCAGUGCCUACAGCCCCCAUGUCCCAUCAAAGAGUGUUUCCCCUCAGGGGUCUGCAGUCAGCCUCGCCCUCCCCCCUGGUCUCUUCCCCUUGCCCACUGAGGCCUUGGUGCGGGCGGGCAGCCAGCCAGGCAGGCUCAGUGGACGGCCCAUCCCGUGAUGAGACCAGCCACCAAUAAAACCCAGGUGAUACUUCAGGAGUCCACGAACCCAGCAGAUUCAGGCCAGCACUGCGGGAAGGGGUCGUCCUUGCCCAUGGGGGCCCGCUCCCCAACCUUGCGUCAGAGGCAGGUUCCCUGUUUUUCUUCUGGUGGGGCAGGACCCCCUACAGUCUGCCCCGUGGAUGUGGUGACCAGGGAGCAGCCCUGAGUGCCCGCAGGACGGGCACAGAACGAGGAGCUGAAUGCUCGCUGAGACUGGCAGCCCUGCCUCCUGCCUCACGGCCGUCUGGUCUGGCAGGAUGAGCACACUGUCCAUCUUUCCAUCUGCCAAAGGGAUCAGAAGGGAGGGCAGAGGAGGAGAUGGCUUGGUGUGGCCUGCCUGGAGGGCACGGGAGCGGAGGCCUGGUGACCGAGCUGAGACGUGACACCCCUCGGACCUGCCCCAAGUCCCUGGGGUCCACACAGGCACGCAGAGCAGGGCGCCAGAUGAAGGCGGGGAGGGCCUGCCUGCAGACGGGGCCCAGCCUCCCCGCCCCAGGCUGCUGUUCACAGGCAACGGUCCUGGGAGGACCCCAGAGCCACCUCGGCCACCCCCACCCCGACCUGUCUCCUUUGCCAGGGGCCGGCUGCCUGGGCUUGGAUCCCCACAGCAGUGGCUGGCAGGACCUUGCUAGUGCUCCCCGCGGGCCCCCGGGGGAGGCCCCUGCCCGCCUUCUCUCAGGAACAAGGAUUGUUGUGGGUUUGGAACCACUGCUCGGGUCUUGGUUUGUUUUUGAGCUCAGAUUCCUCCCUCAGCAAGGAGUGGGGUCGGCUGGGUCCUAGGCAGCCUGGCACCUUCUCUUCAUCAGGCUGGGGCCCUGUCCAACAUCAGGUCCCUAUGUGGCCCUUGUCAGCUCCCUUUGCCAUGACCGUGGCCUGCAGACUGCACGGCACCUUGGACGAGAGCUCUGGCUCCUAGAGCCAGGGACGGUCUGGGGUCACACCUCCUAGAUAAACACUGCUUUUAACACGAA